AUAUCAAAGCCGAAGAAGUCUUUAAUAUCAGCCCUUUUCUCUUAAUUCAUAUUCUCUGCCUUCCUCGUUCCCCGAUCCUGAUCGUAGAUCGCCUCUAUUUGAUCGUUCGAAGAAUCGAUCGAGCGUCGGUGGCCGGGGGUUACAGUUGUGGCGGAUUUGAAGUUGGUUAUUGCAAAAAGAAAAACAGAACAUAAAUUGAAUUUGAUACACUUUUACUAUUUAUUCUUUUGGGGAGGUUAAGGUUUUGGUGAAAAGGGGAUUUGCAUAAGAUUUUGAGCGGUUUUUAAUUUUAGAGAUGUUGACCAUAACCGUUGGGCUUUGAAAUACUAAGGAACUGGUUGUUACACGACAACAAGAUGACGCUUUACAUUGGUCGCGAAGCUUCAAAGUUGUGGAAGAGAAUUUGUUCAGAGACAGCUACAGAGAUCAACCUUCUUCUCGACAAUUGGAAAUACCUUCUUGCUGGGAUAGUUUUUCAGUAUAUUCAUGGUCUAGCUGCCCGAGGAGUUCAUUAUUUACAUCAGCCGGGGCCAACACUUCAGGAUCUUGGUUUCUUUCUUCUUCCGGAGCUUGGGCAAGAUAAAGGCUAUAUCAGUGAGACAUUGUUCAGCUGUGUCUUUUUAUCAUUUGUAUUGUGGAGUUUCCAUCCUUUCAUUUUCAAGAGCAAAAAGAUCUAUACAGUUCUAGUUUGGUGCAGGGUGCUAGCAUUUUUAGUUGCUUCUCAAUUUCUCCGAAUCAUUACAUUCUAUUCUACUCAACUACCUGGUCCAAAUUAUCAUUGCCGAGUGGGUUCAAAACUUGCCAGGUUGCCAAAACCAGAUAGUGUGCUUGAAGUCCUCUUCAUUAAUUUUCCUCGAGGUGUAAUAUAUGGUUGUGGUGACUUGAUUUUUUCAUCACACAUGAUCUUCACCCUGGUCUUUGUGCUCACCUAUCAGAAAUAUGGCACACAAAGGUGUAUAAAGCAGUUAGCUUGGUUAGUAGCCGUCACCCAAAGUCUCUUGAUUGUGGCAUCCCGCAAACAUUACACGGUUGACGUAGUUGUCGCAUGGUAUACUGUUAAUUUAGUGGUAUUCUUCAUAGACAAGAAACUGCCAGAAUUGCCCGACAGAACCAGUGGAAAUUUACCAAUGUUGCUACCUUUGAGCACCAAAGACAAGGAUAGUAAGACCAAAGAAGAGAACCAGAAGCUCUUGAAUGGGAAUUCGAUAGACCCUGCAGAUUGGAGGCCGAGAACUCAAGUUAAUGGCAAGAUUCUGGAAGAUGCAAACGGAAUCCAUGUCGAUACUGCAAUGAAUGGUGCAUAGAUGAUGGAAGCUGCUUUUGAUCACUGUAAUUGUGCUCUGCUCGAAUCCAUCUGAUCUCGGAGGAAAAGGCUUAGCCUUUUCCAGUACUGCUAAUUUGAUUUGUAUUCUUAAGAAAACAGAAAAGAGUAGUGAACUUGUACAUUGUGCUGUCCUUCCCUAUCUUGGUUAAAGUCAUCAGCCAUCAUCAUCAGCAUCCUACAUAUAUCAUGGAAUUUUCCGAAUUCCGAUUGCCACUGUGAUUCUCUUGUGUUGAUGCUUGUUAGAAUUCCGUUUUUUUUUCUUUCAACAAUUUCGAAUGCUGGAAACUUGAAACUGUUCUCUCGAUGCCGAAGGCUAUUGAGAUGAAGUAUUUAAGUGUAUUGAAUCUUUAUGUUUCUUGUCA